CCUGCUUUGUCAAUUACUAUGAAAACAGAGUGAAGACAGUCUGCUGGCCAUGAGGCGACACCGAAGCGCUUUGUCGGAUGGAAAAGACGCGUAAUGAUGGUCCUGUUAGGAGCAGGUGCAUUCAGCCAAGUGGAGGCGCAGGGCACAAAGCAGGAGCAGCGCACAAUAGCCGUCGGACCACAACACCUGCUCCACGGGAUAACCAUUCAUCAGUAGAUAUUCUGUGGGUUAAUAUGCUACACCCCCUGCUGAAGUGGAUUUCUCUUACAACUUAUUUAUUGUAAAAGGCAUGCGGACACUGUGAAACUGAUGGACGCACUGGUCAUUUGGAAGAAACAGUAGUUCAGAAUAAAAUAUCAUAAUAAAAACAUCGCUUUGUCCACUCCUAUAAUCCCGCUUGACUGGAAUCAAUCUUGCUCUUAUUGAAGACAAUCAUCUGGAAGGAUGCCCGAAGCACUUACUCCAGCCCUGUCGCUCUACAUAGGAAUGGAGGUGGUAAUUGCAAUCUCGUCUGUAAUAGGGAACGUGAUGGUGGUUUGGGCGGUGAAAAUUAAUAAGUCGUUGCGAGACACCACGUUUUGUUUCAUCGUCUCCCUUGCUCUGGCGGAUAUUGCAGUGGGAGCCCUCGUCAUCCCCCUGGCCAUAACUAUCAGCAUCGGACUCCAAACUCACUUUUACAGCUGCCUGCUCGUGGCGUGCACGGUGCUCGUGCUAACGCAAAGUUCCAUCCUGGCCCUUCUGGCUAUUGCAAUUGACCGCUAUCUCAGGGUCAAGAUCCCCACCAGCUACAAGCGGGUGGUGACCCCUCGACGGGCCGGGCUGGCGGUGGUGUUGUGCUGGACAGUGGCGUUCAUUGUGGGCCUCACACCCAUGUUAGGCUGGAACAACCUGUGGCGGCUGCAGCAGAACGGUUCGAUCAGCUCCGACCUCAUCAUUACCUGCCAGUUUGAAAACGUCAUCAGCAUGGACUACAUGGUUUACUUCAACUUUUUUGGCUGGGUGCUGCCGCCGCUGGUGCUCAUGCUGGUCAUCUAUGCAGAGAUCUUCUACAUGAUCCACAAGCAGCUUAACAAGAAGAAGAUCACCAGCAGUCACACAGAUCCCAACAAGUACUAUGACAAGGAGCUGAACCUAGCCAAGUCUCUGGCUCUGGUCCUCUUUCUCUUUGCCGUCAGCUGGCUCCCUCUCCACAUCCUCAACUGUAUCACACUCUUCUGCCCAGAGUGCCAGAAGCCCAUGUUUCUCAUCUACAUCGCCAUCCUGCUCACCCACGGCAACUCCGCUGUCAACCCAAUUGUCUACGCUUUCCGCAUUAAGAAGUUCCGCUCUGCCUUCCAGAAGAUUUGGGAGCAGUAUUUCUGCUGUAAGGACACGCCGGCGCUGGAGAUGCAGCCCAGCGAGAGGAAGGAGAUUCCCAAUGCAGACCCGCAGCAGGCAGCGCCGCCACAGCCCCCCCAGAAGGAAGUCCCAAACUCUGACCCUCCACAAAACCAGUCAGCUCCACCUGAACAGCAGCAGGACCAGACGUCCGACCCACCACAGCAAACUAAUGAACAACAAUCCAUACUGGAACAGAACACAGUCUGAUCCAAGGAAUGAGGCUUAUUGUUUACUUGGAAAGUAAUGAUCAGGGCAUUUGUAUUGGUUGCUUCCUCAUUUUGAAUGAGUUCAGCUGAGGAAGGAGUUGGCGCAACAUGCUGGGAUGUGAUUGAGGCAUGGCGAUUUGCAGCCUAAAUCUCAAACACGCUGAGAGAUCAUGUGUUUUUACUCAGGUGGAGCAUAUUUGAGUUUGGUUGAAACAGAGAGGGAAAGAUGAUUACAGCAAAAGAGGUAUUCACAAACUUGCAAUAAUGUAAGUCUUACUGACAAUGCGAUGUGUCUAUCUUAGUAACUGACUGAAGAAGUUAAGCUUUAACUUUUUUUUGUUAAUUCUGGUAAAACACUUGGUGUGGCCAUUAUAAAAUGUGCAAUAUAAGUUAUUGUGGUUGAUCAGUAUCCGAUUAUCAAGUUUUAUCAACAAAAUUAUGUGACUUACUGUAGGAUUAAAGUUUGUACAAUGUCAAUAGACCAAGUUUGUCUUACUACUGUAAUACUGUGUGUUAGUUUAAAAUGACAGUGGCUGAAAAAUAUGAAUGUAAUAAUAAUGUAAAUGAGAAACUAUAGCAGCACAGCUGUGAACACUCAUCUCUACUUCAGGGUCUUAAUGGCACAACAGUGGUAGAGCAAGCGAUGCUGUCAGAGAAAUAUCUGGAGCAAGGAGGAGUCUGUGCUGACAACAGGGUUUUGUAAUUCCUCAGCUGAAUUCUUCACUGGAGUCCCUCAGCACUCUGGCACCACUGAUCCAUUUCAGAGGAGAUGGACAGGGAUAAGAAAUAGGCAGCUGGAGGGAAUGGGAGGCUUUCACUGCAAGUAGCUUUUGAUGAUCUGGUGCCCUUUCAGAGGCUCUGUGCGUGAGUCUCAUGGCUGAAGGAGGACAGUUACUCGUCAGGGAGAGAGAGAAGAUGCACUUAAAAAACUCAUUUUUAUCCACCCUCGAUGCCAGCUUCUGGUUAGAAUGGGUCUUUCCUUUUUUCCCCCCUACUGAGACUGUGAAUAUCCUUAUCAUAACUUACCACGACAGACGGUGGCUUUCAUGGCCUUAAUUGGUAUUUUAAUUAGUCUGGAGUGGACUGAUUUAAAAGGCCCAGAUCAGACAUCAUGGCGAUUGUGACUGUCACUGCGUUCAAUAAUUUGAAUAAUGCCCAGCUCGGGCAUCUGUAGAGUGGUAGUUGAACUUUUUUUUUUAACAUCACUGGCAUAAAUUCACUGCAAGGGAAUGUAAAGUAAUUCUGUUUUGACUCCUGUAAAGAUUCAGAGACCUUGCUAAAACCAACUACCACUAAAUAUUCUCUUCACUGGGUGACAAUCUGUUGUGUAAGGUUAAGGAGUUUUAUAUCUUUCUUUCUGUCAACUCACUCAUUGGUAGCAACAUGAAGUGGAUAUCAGCACUCUGAUGCUUGGAUCAUAUCAGAUGUAUUAAGUAUCAACAGAAACUUUUAAUGCAGUCCACACUAACUGUAUCUUAAUGUGUCUACAAAGUGCUUCGGCCAGGUGUACUGUACAUAACGCACACUUGAGGAGAAAACUGAAUGAAUAAAGA